AUGGCCAACCAAGACCCCGUCCAUGCAGACAACAAACAACAAAACCAGCAAUGGCUAAAAACCAUCGAAACUUGUAUCGAAGAACAACAAGAUGAGUUAGAUGUGAAUUCUCAAGCUGCUUAUUAUGAAGCUGUACGCGAUAUGCUACUGCACCAAGGCGACUCAAAUGAGGCCAUCUCACAAGCGAUUGAACGAUGCUAUGAUCAUUAUAUCAAUAGCAUUGAUGUCGAAAACGCUCGCUACGAAGAAGAUGGUAUAGAAGGGCCACACAAGUACCAUGUCACGAAUAUCCUGCGCAGCAUUGCAGCCAUCGCCUUUGAACUUGUCUAUGACUUGCCUUAUCUGGACCCCAAAAAUGAGAUUCUUUCUCGGUUUCUCAUUCAGAUGGCCAAAAACGUUCCACCCAAGUUCAGACAAGAGGGUGCUGAUACCUCUCGCGACUUUGAUGGUAUACAAAAUGCUGCUCGCGACUCAUGGGAGAGAUUUCACGUGGACAGUUUUAAUCUCGAAAAAGAGAGGCCUGAUGCCCAACAGAUGGCAGAAGUGUGGCUGAAUGUGACAGCUCUUAUCGCCAAGCUCUUCCAAGAAGAUCCAGCUUUACUUGCUCGUUAUGGUGCUCUCUGGAUGUCGUGUGAUUUGUUGAAGGCGUUCGAAGAAAACACUAAAGGUGAUAUCACAAAGCACAUUCUCAAACAAGCACAGAUUCUUGCCAUUGCGAACUAUAUUAUUAUCGCCGGCGAUGCUUUUGCCAAGAUCAUCGCAGACAAGAGAAGGGCCCAAAACUAUGAGAUAUCUGCAGAGAAGUGGAAGAACUGGACUUCCAAGCUACAAGAGAUGGCGGAUGCUGUUGAUGAAGACACCAGGUGGAAUCUCAAGGAGCGGCUUCAGAAGGCGCAUGAUAAGAUGGUUAAGAUGCAAGAGGUACUAUAG